GCGGAGGGCGCUGUGCGGGGCGGUUUCCGUGUCCUCGCGCCGCCGCCGCCGCCAUGAGCAAGAUCUCCAAGCUGUUCAAGGGGGGCGGCUCGGCCGCCGCCAAGGGCCGCGGGGCGCCCUCCGCGCAGGAGGCUCUGGCCCGGCUGCGGGAGACGGAGGAGAUGCUGGGCAAGAAGCAGGAGUACCUGGAGACGAGGAUCGAGAGGGAGCUGGCGGCGGCGCGGCUGCACGGCACCAGGAACAAACGCGCUGCCUUACAAGCACUGAAGAGAAAAAAGAGGUAUGAGAAACAGUUGAGUCAAAUUGAUGGAACGCUUUCAACCAUUGAGUUCCAGAGAGAGGCACUGGAAAAUUCCCACACCAACACAGAAGUGCUCAAGAAUAUGGGUUAUGCUGCACAAGCUAUGAAAAAAGUGCAUGAAAACAUGGACUUGAACAAAAUUGAUGAUUUGAUGCAAGAUAUCACUGAACAGCAAGAUGUUGCCCAGGAAAUUUCAGAUGCUAUCUCAAACCGAGCUGGUUUUGCUGAUGAGUUUGAUGAGGAUGAGUUGAUGGCAGAAUUAGAAGAACUGGAGCAAGAAGAACUGAACAAGGGAAUGAGAGAUGUCAGGUUGCCAAGUGUUCCGUCCACAUCGCUGCCUUCACGCCCUGCAUCGACUAGGAAGAGAGCAGAGGAUGAAGAUGAAAUGAAGCAGCUGGCUGCCUGGGCUUCAUAACAGAAUGGGUUUUUUAUAACGCUGAACAUCACAGUGCAGGUGUAAAGAGCUGUGAUGCCUUUUUAUAACUACUGAUUCAGUGUGGUUGCAUUUUGUACAGGCUGGGGUUGUUAUGGACAAUCUUGCUAAGAAUAGUGGUAGUGUCAUAUUACAAAACUAGUUUAAAAAGAAAAACAUGAAAUGCAGUAGUUGCCAAAGUCACCAAGUAUUAAAGGUUGGCCAGGGAUUUUUGCUUUGAGCAACAGUUUUUAUUAGGUAAAGUCUUACUAUAUCUUGCUGGUUUGUAAAACCUGUGCGCCUCACUGAUGCACACAGCUGGAUUAAUUGUGGAAAAGAAAAAGUUAAAUAAGUCAUCAAGGCCCUAUCCUAGAGGGUUAUUUGGUUCAGAUCAUUUGAAUAUCGGCAAAACAGCUUUGUACAUGUCUCUGCUUGCAAUUUUCUUGGAGCCCAAGUGUUAAUAGCUGUUCAUUUGGGAAUGGAGAUUUAAACUGUUUGGAGCAAAUUCUGGUGUCCUAGAUAUUAAGAGGAGACGGUUCUGUAGAUUUUUUUGAAGUGGGAUAGCUUUUUUAAUUUUGUUUUAAACUUUGGCCAUAAUAUUCCAUGUACUUCUAAAGGUCAACUUGAAUCAUAUUUUGAACUAUUUCAAAUUCAGUUUUAAAAACUAUUUUACAGUGACUGGGGAAAAUGAAAUGUCCAAGUUCUUAUAUAUCCCUGCCAAACAAAACUGAUUGCUGCUAACCCUGUCAAAAAAAUCCAGAAGAGGUUCGACCUUCCUGUGUUGUUCUCCUCCACUGUGUUGUGUGAUAAUACCCAUCCACAAAGAAGUUAGUAACGCAUUUCUUUGUUUAAUUAUACAGUUUCAAAAUGAUUGCAGUUCCUGAGCAUUUAGUUCUUCUCUCUUUCCAUUCAGAAACUGAGUAGUAACACCAGCAUGCUGUAUUUGAAAUGUGUUUCUAACCCUGGUUAGAAGAUGAUUCUGAAUUAUUUGUAAAGUUGAUGUGUUAUUAUCUGACAACUUUUUAGCUUAAGGAACAAAUGCCACUCUGAUUGCUAAACUACUACGUAUACAACACAAUCACUGUUCAAAUACAAACCAAAAAUUAAAUGAGCUGCUUUGUACUAACGAAUUUUAUUAAAUAAGACUUAAGCUCUAUGCUAGCAGCCAGCUGUUAAUUACAAAUAGUAAGCCACUGUGGAUUUACCAGGGAAGUGGGAAGCAGAAUGGCAUUGAUUUAGGUUUCUUGUUUUCAAAUUAAGCGUACUCAAGAUUGAACCACUUGGGGAAUAGUGGGAGACUUGGUUUCUGUAUAUCUGUAGCAACAGAGGACUGACUUUUUUUCCUGUGGACUUCAGCCUGUGAUUUCCUGAGUGUUUACCUUUGAUAGGCCACAAUAGACUUCACUUUACUGGAUUUUAGGUUAAGCAUAAGCUAAUGUGUGUUUCUGGACAUGGCGUGCUCAGAAAAUUUUCAGUUGAUUUCUGUGGACAAACCCCAAAAUUUACAAAUCCUGUGGAGAAAUUCCAUUUGUUCAGGGCUCUUUCAUUUUCUGUAGUGGAAUUGGUUUUGGUUUGCGUCCAGAUGAAAGGAGAAUCAAGCCUUGCCAUUUUACUUCAAAUUAAUUUCCUACUGGAAAUGUAUUAUGUUAAUUCUGUCCCAAAGUUUGGAGGCACCAGGAAAAUUGUCCCUUUCUGUUGAGAGUAGAGAAAACCUAGAACUAUUCAAAUUCUGUUUUAAAAACAAACAAACAAAAAAUUAAAGAACUGCCUUAAAUUUAAAAAUAUAUUUUAAACUCCUGGCAGAAAAUGAAACACUAACAAAAUGUUACUCAGUUUUCAUGCUUACUGAAAUUCAGAACAAAUAUUCUGUGUUAUUUAGAAUCCAUUUGCUAAUCUUUUUGGCUGGAAUCCUGUUUUCAAAGUGUGCAGUCUAUGCAAGUAUCUGAAUUGGGUACAGAAAGUAAUAGUGUACACUGAUGGCAUCACUGUGUGAGGUUGGCCAUGGAUGCAUCUGGUAUUUUUAAAUGCAAGGCCAUGCCAACAUAGUCCCACUUAGCCUGGAAAAGCUGGCUUGUAGCAUCUGUUCUUGGUUGAAUUAGUAGAUUUCCAGUACUUGGCACUUACACAGCAGCUUAUUUAAAGUGCACUGUAACCUAACCAAAAUAGAUCUCUAAGUUUCCAGUUUGUAACUAAAGUGAUUUUCAAUCUGUUUUGGAAAAUGUGGACCUGCUCUUUCUCUGUAAGAACUUCCCGUGGGAACACCCUGUAGGGGAGAAGAAAUCCUAGAGAAGGUCUCUGCAAGCUAGUACCUGACUGCUGACCUCCAGCAAUGCUUUGGCCUAGUGUGGAUCCUGGGAAGCCUCAGGUGUCUUCAGCUAAUUAAUUUCAGACCAGGCACUUCAGGAACAAAAUUUGUGAAUGGUGAAGAGAUGAAACUGUGAUCAUUCGGGUGAGCUUCUCUAAAAACUUG